AGAGAGAGAGAUGAGAGAGAGAGAGAGAGGAGAGAGAGAGAGAGAGAGAGAGAGAGAGAGAGAGAGAGAGGAGAGAGAGAGAGAGAGAGAGAGGAGAGAGAGAGAGAGAGAGAGAGAGAGAGGAGAGAGAGAGAGAGAGAGAGAGAGAGAGAGAGAGAGAGAGAGAGAGAGAGAGAGAGAGAGAGAGAGAGAGAGAGAGAGAGAGAGAGAGAGAGA